CGGCCGUUAGAGGGCGCCACGGCUGUCAGGUGACGUCACUGCCCCUCGCUCCCGGAGCCGGUUGGACGGGCGGAGCUGUCGGGAAAGGGCGAUGGACGACUUCCAGGCCGCGGACGAUGUUGCCUUCAACGUGGAUGAAACAAGCAUUGUCGUCAAAGAGUGCAUCGACAAUGUUAUUGGAGGGGUUGAUUAUAAUCAUAACAAGAUCAAUCAGUGGACUGCUGCUGUGGUUGAACAAUCCCUAAUGCAUUUGAUUAAAAUGGGAAAGCCAUAUAAAUAUAUUGUGACCUGUGCGGUAAUGCAGAAAAGUGGGGCUGGUCUGCAUACAGCAAGCUCGUGCUACUGGGACAGCGGCACUGAUGGAAGCUGCACUGUGAGAUGGGAAAACAGAACCAUGUAUUGUGUCGUCAGCGUGUUUGCUGUCAGCAUUAUGCUGUGAUGUAACGGGAGAUCUUGAAUGCAUCACCUUUCCUAAAUACAAGUCUUAAAGAAGAUGUACAUAACAAUAGCAAGACCACUCAUUUGUGAUACAGGACCGACAUGUAUAUUGUGGUUAACUUAUAGCAUAUACUGUACAUGAAUAUAAAUUAAAGCUGCAAUCAGUUUCGUAAGGCAGUAUCUUGCUCAAAUUCUUGUGUUUCUAAUGAAUUUGUGACUCUUAAACAUCGAAGUUUGUUACCAGCUGUAGCUUCUGUUUGUGUUAUAUCAGGAAUCGGCAAUUGUGCAGAUUUGAUAUACUAAGUAAUCACAUUUUUGUAAUUUCUUGGCAUUUGAGGUUGAGUUGUGCAGUAUUAAAAUAUAUUCAAACAGGUAGCCAAUUCUUUUCAAAUAACCUUUGCUUAUUUGGCUCAGCUAUGAACUCACUGAAUUUGGACUCUUUCCUCUUCUAUGGAAUAGAAUUAGCUUUUUUUGUUUGUUUUUAAAGUUGAAUACUCAGAGACACUGAUGUUUCCUCAAAAUUUUAACAGUCAUAUCUCACACUGGUGGAUGUGGUGUGAUUGCAACGUGUAAGAGAAGUUUGGAUAAAUGCAUGGAUCAGAGAGCUAUGUUGGGGAUGGGUCAGGACAGAAUAACAGUUCAGCAUGGAGUAGAUGGGCUUAAUGGCUUCUUUCUGUGCUGUAGUGCUCUAUGACUCUUAUUUUCAAUAUAAAAUACAUUAUUAUUGCAGUAAUAAAUUAGCUGAGUGUUUAUGACAAAAAAUGGAGUUUCAAGUUUGACUGUUGACAAUAUAAAACUUGCUAUUUGAAUGGAGUAGGUGUUUAGAAAUAUCCUAGGAUUCUUCAAACAAUAUUUAAUCACUGAUAACUGACUCCAGCUCAUUGAUCCUGACAGUUACAAGAGGCCAAUGUAAAAGCUGCCUAUGUUCAAUCACUAAUCAGUCAAUCCCAAUAUUUUUGCAGCCUAAAUUGGAUUUGCAGCCCUGUAUUGGUGAAUUAGCAUUAAACAGGAUAUUGCUUCUUUAUAUACCUGAAGUAUAAAAAAUGUCAUGAUACAUAUAUGCACACUGAGUAUAAUUACAUAACAUUUUCCAAAAGGAAUCUGUUUAAGCUAACUUGGUUGCAAAACUGAUGAUGUUUAUUUUUAGCAAAGUGACUAAAGGAGAUUAAGCUUGCUCCAUCUAUAAGAGUUAUAUUCAGUAAAAUAUUGAAUAAGGUAAGGUCUACAACUUAACCAGUUCAAUUUAAGUUGAAAUUUGGGUUAAAGAUGUUCAAAAUUUGGAGCAUUUGGUUGUUCUUUAUGUAAAUGCAUUGAAAACUAUGUAUAUUUGAAUUUUUCAAUACAGAAAAUUAAAGUAAAUUUUAAUCCUGAUUUCAUUUUGUUCAUAGAGAACUUCAUUGAAGAAUUUUGCAAAGCUGGGGAAAAAGGUUUCUGAUGAAACAUAUGACUGGAACACUAAUUUUAUUUUUCUUCCCUAGGCUGCCUAGCUAGCUGAAUGAAUUGUUUUUCUUUUACACUUCUCUCAUCAGCAGAGCUGCUUUUUGUAAAUAGGAGAGACUGGUUUAUCCUUGUUUAUGCAGCACAAUUUGUUGAAAUUGACCUAUUUUUUUAAAACCAGUCAUAUGCAUGAUCAAGGGCUAGUUUGUACAAAAGUCCUGUAGUAAUUUAUUAUGUAGUACUACAAAAGAUAAAUUAUUUUAAUUGUUAAUGCCAAAAGUAUAAUUAUGAAAGAAUUAUCAUUUUGAUCCUUAAAUCUUAACUGAUUCAUCAUGUUUGGUUUUGUUAUUUGAUACCCUAAAUUCUUGCUCCAUUAUUGCAUUAUAUUUAUCUGAUUAGUCUUUUAACUGUCCAGCAGAUUUUCUAACCGAUGUCUUGUGGAAAUCUAGCAGUUCUUGGGAGUGCCUAGAGGUUUAGACUUGCUAUCAGAAGAUGUUGUGAUAAAACAUUGAUAAGCUUUUGAGGGACUAAAAGCAUAAAGCUAGUUAUGUUGUAAUUAAGUGCUAUUUUGCUGCAAAAUAAAAUCUAGUAAACUGCUAUAUCGUAAAGUAUAGCUUUCAUUUACCUAUGGAUGUUUAUGAUUAUCUUUAAAGAAUUUGGUUUACUUUGUUCUUGUACAUAAUUUUCUGCCUAAGCCAUAAACUACAAAAGCUUUCAAUAUGUAUUUAAAUUAUGAAAGAUUUUAAAUUUGUAUGAAUAAUUGAACACUUUCAUCUUAUUACCAUAAGAAUUGGCAUAUACUUUGGUUCAGUGAUGGUUUUUCCUUAAUCUGGCAUGCACUUUUACUUGAACUAUUUCAAAUAUUCUACAAAAGCAACAGCAGUGAGCUUAGAGGUAAUACCAUAGCUGCUGCUUUUAUCUUUUUUGUUAUAUGGUCAAGUUAGAGUAUCACUGAUACAUUAAGAAAUUUGGAUCUCAAUAAAAACAUAGAAACAGUGA